AUGUUUGCUCUACAUUCAGAUCGAUUACGGAGAAGAUUAAGUGCCCCUACUUCUGGGUCGGCGCGUAGACGGGCACGAGAACGACGUCGAGCGGAGGAGACCCGCCUAGAAGGGGAAAGGCUUGCUUUGGAACGUCGUGAACAAAGUCAAAGGGAAAAGUUGGCAUUGCAGAAGCAGGUUCGUCGAGAGCUGGCGUCUUACGAGCCGUGGGGACGUGCAGGGGGCGGGGCGCCUAACCCUCACGGCAUACGUUUCACCAAAUUACGUGCGGUUGGCAUUUAUCCGGAGGACGAACUAAAGGGUGUCUCAGCCCACGAACCAAGCCGUCGAUGGUAUUCACUCAGAAGGUGUCGUCGAACGCCUCUGCGUCUACGUGAAGACCCGCAGUUGUGCUACGCAGACCUCCUGCGACGGACCGUAGACAACGAUAUACGAUAUAGACGGACUCCGCAGGAACAACAAGCUUACAAACAAAUAUUAGACGAUAUGGUGAUUAAAAGGCAAAAAGCAAUGGAUGAUGAAAUAAGGCGUAAUUUGGAAUACGAGCGAAAAAUGCAAACAAUGGAUGGUCCAUGGGGUAAACCAGGACCAGGUGGAACCACUUGGCGGAAUCCUCGAGAUAUUGGUCUAAAUUUCUCGAAGUCUAUGGGUUGGACAACCAAUGAAAUUUUCAACAAAUUAAAAGGGGAAAACAAGCGGUAUAAAAGAUCGUCAUUUACUUUACCUAAAGUAAAACCAGCCGACGAUGAUUCCAAGCAAGAUGCAAAUAGAAAAGAAAAUAUAAAAACUUCUAGUAUUGCGAAAUUACCUGAUAUCGGAAAUCAGUCGGUACAUAACAUCAGUAAUGUAGGAAGAAGUGAAAAUAUUGAAAGUAAUGAAACUAAACACGUCAGGAAUGGUAAAACAAAACGAAAUCCAAAUAAAAAUAUGUUUGUAAAGCGAUUAUCGAAUGGAGAACGAGUGAGAAGGACGUUACCUGAUGACGAAGGGGAUAAUGCUGAUGGUUGUGAUGAAAAUAAACUUACACCAGAAGCUACAAUAUUAAGGCUGACGGGCGGUAUUGAGCUUGUACCUCUGUUGGCGAGAAGAAGGCGUGUGGGAGCCCGCACUUUGCCCUCAAGCGAUGUCACUCGGCCUCCUGAUCAGUCGUGCGAAUGGCGCGAACUUCUCGAUGUUGAAUAUUUAAGAGAAUUAAAACAUCAAAUACGCGUGAAAUGUGAAAAGAAGGAGGAGAGUCGUCGUGAUUCAGCGGAAAGCGUGCGUCGUCAUCACGCUACCUGGGCGUCCCUCUGGGGUCGCCCGGGGCACGGAGCGCCGCAGCAGCGAGGUCGCUACGCGAGAAGCAAUCUUGCGCAGCUGCUAUACGUGCGACCGCUUGCUAAUGCUCAGCUGUAG